AUGACGCCACGUACAAGGUCGGGCGGUGCAGCCCCUCCAUCCAGCAUCGUCUACAAAUCCACACCGUCGCUCAAGCAAGUCCAGUUUCCCGCUCGAAGACGACGAGUCCGCACGUACGGGAAGCAGACCCGCAGGAGCCGCGGCAGAGGGGCCAACCAUGACGACGACGACAACGACGACGGCAAGGAAAACGAACAAGAGGGCGGCAGCAGCAGCGGGCCGCCGCCCCUCAAGCAAAAGACGCUCACGCAGUACGACUUUGCCUCGAGCUUCCGCGAGGAGCAGAGCGUGAUUGAGAUUUCGGACGCGAGCGACGUCGAGAAUCUAGACAAGGUGGACGAGACGGCGGACGAGGCGGAGAAGGAGAACAACGUGCCCAAGGGCACGAAGCGAAGGAGGUCACCCUCGGCGAAGCACGCGCCGCUACAGCCGAUAGAAGUCACGGAGCAGGAAGGGGAGGAGGAGCAGCGAGUGCCGGAUACGGAAGACGACGACGACGACGACGACGACGAAGGGCCUGUCGUGAGGAGCGGCCGUCGCCGCGCACGCGUGGGCGACUUCGUUGAGGCGGCGGGUAAAACGAAGCGCCGGCGGACACUCGGCGAGGAGCACCGCAGGAGCACCAUGAGAGACGAGGAGAAGGGUCGCCCGGCGGCGACGGCGGCGCGUAGGAGGACGCUCGGGGACUCGCCCAUUGCUGGGCCGUCCCGCCGACGUCGGUACCAAACGCAGACCCUGACCCAACUCGUCGGUCGCAACAACACGACCUCUUGCGUCGCUGACUCGGAUGCCGACUCGGAAGAGGAGCUAGGCGGCGGCAGCGGUAAAGAAAACGAUGGUUUUCUGCAGUGGCUCGGCGACGACCACGACGACGAGGAUGAGCAGCAGCAGGAGCCGCAGAGCCCGACCAUGGGAACGCAGGCGGGCCAAAGGCGGGCCGCCGCCGCGAAGUCGCAGUCGCCGCACAAGGUGUGGGAGGACCACAGCCCGUCACCGCGGCCCAGCGGCACCCGCCGACGACAGGUAGGAGGAGGCCCAGCGCCGACGCAGCAUCAGCAGGCGACGUCGGCAAGCCAGCAGCAGCUCCGCGAAGAGUCGGUCGUGCCGCAGACGCCCAUCAAGAGCAUCGCCCGCUUCGGCGUGCCGCCGUCGGCCCAGCACGUCUCGCCCUCGCCCUUACGCUUCGCGGCCAUCUACGGCGCGCCCAACAUAUACGUGUCGCCGUCGACGCAGCGCCGAGGCAAGUCAUCCUCGUCGCCGUCGCCGGUGCUAAAGCUCACGGGCAAGCCCAAGAAGCGCGCCCCGAUCGUCGGUAGCAGCACAGCGGCGGCGGCGGGGAAGAAGAAGCAGCCAGCGGAGCUGGUGAUUGCGGACUCGUUCGCGACGGAGGGCUGGAGUUCCGUGGGAGAAGGCACGCAGGCGCGCCACCACGGGACGUCGCCAGCCUCUCAGCAGCACCAGACGCAGACGCAGACGCAGGCCGAGGUAUUUAGCACGCCAGCGGAAGGAUCGGCCGCACUUGCCGUGACGACCGCCCCCGCGGCGUUGACGACGCAGGCGAGUCAGUCUGCCGAGGAGAAUACCACUCCGCCGCCGCCACAUACGCAUAGUCAGCACGGGCAGGUUGAGGAGAAAUUCUACGGCGCCUUCUCUCAGAUUGUGCAGGACAGCGCCGUAGCGACCCAGCAGCAACCGCCGCCGCAGCCGCAGGACUCGAUGCCGGCGACGCCGCCACCACCCCGACGAACGCGGUCCUCGCAAAAAUUACCGCCGCCGCCGGCCGAGGAAGAAGCGACAAAGGCGGAGCGGGAAAUCCCAGACUCUGAUCACGAGUACGAGGAUGGCUUUGGCGCGGAGACUGAGGACGAUGACGGCACCGAUGUGGACGACGAGGACGCGCGCUUCGCAGCGGGCGCCGAGACGCAGCUCCUCAUGGAUCAGCUACAGUCCAGCGUGCGCAAAUGGAGCGCACCUCCUCCCCGAGCCGGCUACGCGGCCGUAGCGUCUUCUUCUUCCGUCGCGUCGCCGGCACGCCCACCUCGCACGUCGAGUCCCGCGCCGUCGCCGGGGUCCGCUGCCCUCACGCCACUCUCCGCACCGCCCUCGUCGUCGCUGAAACCCACCACGAUCACGACGAAGCCGCCGCCGGCGCGGACCGUUAAGAAGAACCCCGGCACCGUCGCCAACGACAUCCCCAUAGCUGACCCCGACGCGCCUCUCCUGCGCCGCCCCCUCCCCCUCCUCCAGCACGACAACCCGAUCGACACGCAGGGCUUGCCGCUCGAGUCGCAGCGCGUGCCCCUCGCCAAGCUGCAGGGCCUUCCACCCGCCCAGGCGCGCACCGACGUGCUGCUGCCCGUGUCGCGCGCCACGCUCGACAACCUCGCCGCGGGGCGCCAGGACGCCAUCGUCCUGCCCUUCAAGGUGCCCGCACUGGUGGUGCGCCUCUGGCUGCUGUGCGACGGCGUCCUGCGCUACCUCGCCUGCCUGGGGGGCACCGGCGCCGGCGCCGCCGUUUACGAGCCGACACGCGACAACGGCCGCGGCGGCCGCGGUACCUGGUCCUACCGCGCCGCGCAAGUCUACGAGCUCAACAACCCGGCCCGCGAGGAGGACAUGCGCGAGGAGGAGUGGCUGCGAGGCCGCGUCACCCGCUACGUCUACUUCCCGCCCGCGGUCGUGAGUCAGCUGCUGUGGAAUCUCCGCCACGCCUUGUUCGCAGACGAGGAGGACGAGGUUGACGAUGCUGCCGUCGAGGAAGUAGCGACAACGCCAGCACGCGUUGCCGCCGCCCAUGUUGCUCUCUCGUCUUCCUCGCCGCUGCGUCGUUCCGCGAGGCUCUCCUCCACGCCUGCCCGCAGCCGCCGCACCCACCAGCCUUCGAGCUCCCCGCUCCAGCACGCGCGUCGGCGCCCGUCCCAGGCCACCACCGCCUCGCAGGCGUCGACGGCCGCGGGGGCCGGUGGCGCGCCGGUCACGCCGCGCCCCGGGGGCGAGUGGUCGUCGGAGAGCCUCGUCUUCGACGACCACGGCGGCUCGUCGAUCCCGAUGCCGUACAGCGGCGUCGAGGACCUCCUCGAGGCGUCGCAGCUGCUGACCGGCAGCCAGACCCUUCCAGACAGCCUCGUUCGCGACGAGGCGGAUGAGGAGGGCGAGGGCAAGCGCGUGCCUGACGAGAUCUGCGACUCGGAAGAGGAGGAGUAG